UUGGGCAGCCGUUUUUCUGCAAGCCCUUUGGGGGGCUCUACUCCCUGCCUUACCUGGGGGAGCAGCCGACCAAGGCUGCAGGGGCCCUGAGCCGCGCCGAGUGGUGGGAGCUGCUCUUCUUUGUGAAGAAGCUGGAAGCGCAGGAGCAGAAAGAGAUCACCUACCUCAUCCAGCAGGACCAGGGAGGGCAGCUGUUGGAGAUGGAUGAAGAAGCCCUGAUCCAGCUGUCGGUGCCUGUGGAGCUGGCCCAGAAGGUGCUGCAUGUCUUGGAGAAGCGCUGCCAGGGCGGCGUUCAACGGGACCUGCGCGGCUCCCACGUCUACGCCAAAUACUUCCUGGGUGGGGGGGCUGAGCAGGAUGGUGGGGGGAGCCCCACAGUGUCCUCGGAGGGUGCCGGCUGCAGGAGCACUGGCCCUGAAGCCACAGCAGCCAAGGCAGCCAAGGAAGACCUUCCUGCAGCCCCAGUGCCUCCCCAGAGCCCCGCUGCGGCCUCCAAGUCGGAUUCCCAGCUGUUCAGCGAGCUCCUGGAGAGGGAAGGGCUGUUCUUCCCGGAGCUGACGGAGGAGCAGAUCAGAGCGCUGGGCAGCUGCGAGGGGGUGAGCGAGGGGGGCUCGCUGGCCAAGAUUGCAGCCGUGGUGGACGUGAUCCGGAGCGGCAGCUCUGAGCUUGGGCUGCGUUUGGCCGGGCUGAAGCACAUCGUGAGGAUCCUGGAGGAGGAGCCUGAGUCCGAGCACCUCGUUGGCAAAGCCCAGGGCAGGCUGGGGAGCAGGAGCGUUGGGGAGAAGCUGGUGAACGUGGCAGUGGAGCUGCUGAGCACGGAGGUGGCAGAGAAGGCCCUGGUGGUGGUGGCGCUGCGGCUGCUGGCCGUGUUGAUGGCAAAGUACGACUGGCGCCUGCCGUUUGCCACGGAGGGCGGCGUGCGGGCUGUGCUGGCCUGCAUGCAGCAGCACGCCUCCUCCGCCCUGGUGCAGCAGGCUGGCCUGGCGGCCCUGAAGGUGCUGGUGGGCGCCGUGUCCGGCGAGGCAGGAGGUGCCGGUGGGAAGCCCUUGGCCCUGAACCACGCGGACGCGCAGAUGAUGCGGGAGAUCUUUGCCAGCAUCGGCUCUGCCUCCAGCGAGGGCUCGGCGAGCCUGCUGAGCGCCAUCCCUGCUGCCAUGAGCACCAUGCAGAGGGUGCCAGGGGGCUCCUCAGGCGUGGAGAACGGCUUGCUGGUGGUGAACAUGCUGAUGGACAGCCACCGGGGCCUGGCAGAGCAGCUGGCGAGCUGUGAUCUCCCCACGGUGCUCCAGAGCUGCCUGUGGGACGGGCAGAGCACGGGCUGCCCUCAGGCCAUGCUGGCCCUCAGCGCCAUCAACCGCCUGGCGGAGCACCGGCUGCCCCCGGGCCCGGAGACGGCAGCAGGCAGAGAGGCCCCGCUGGACCUGAGGGACGUGCGGAAGCUUCUGGACGGCCUGGGGGACGGCACCUUGUCAAAGGACGUGGUGGUGGCCCUGGAGCGGCAGCUGUGCAGCGGGGGCCCCGUCCCCUCUGGCGAGGUGGCCCAGCUGCUGCAGGACCAGCGGUGCUUCAGGCUGCUGCUGCGCAGCUUGGAGCUGCUGGGGGCGGAGAAGGACGUGAGCCUGAGCAUCCUCAGGAUCCUGCACAAGUUCCUGGACGGUUACCAGGAGGACGUGCUGCCCUGGCACGAGUGUGUGGAGCCCUGUUUGUCCUCCCUGAGCGCCCACAGCAGCGACCGGGAGGUGGUGCAGGAGGUGGUUGGCUUCCUGCACCGCCUGGCCACGGCCAGCAAGGACUGCGCGGUGGUGAUGUGCCGCCUGGGCACCCGCGAGGCCCUGGCCAAAGCCCUGGACAAGCACAGCACGGCCCCGUCGCUGGUGCCAGCCCUGCUCGACCUGGUGAGCGACUGCGAGAAGUACGCCAACCUCUACAAGAAGCUGACGACCAGCAUCUUGGCCGGCUGCAUCCAGCUGGUGCUGGGGCAGAUCGAGGAGCACCGCCGGAGCCACCGGCCCAUCAGCAUCCCCUUCUUUGACGUCUUUCUGCGCAACCUGUGCCGAGGCUCCAGCGUGGAGGUGAAGGAGGACAAGUGCUGGGAGAAGGUGCAGGUCUCCUCCAACCCGCACCGUGCCAGCAAGCUGACGGACAGGAACCCCAAGACCUACUGGGAGUCCAACGGCAGCACCGGCUCCCACUUCAUCACUGUCCACAUGCAGUGUGGGGUGGUGAUCAGGGAGAUGAGCAUGCUGGUGGCCAGCGAGGACUCCAGCUACAUGCCGGCCCGUGUCGUGGUGCUGGGGGGAGAGAGCCCUGCCACCAUCAGAACGGAGCUCAACGCGGUGACCGUCCUGCCCUCGGACAGCAGAGUGAUCCUGCUGGAGAACAUGACCCGCUUCUGGCCCGUCAUCCAGAUCCGGGUGAAGCGGUGCCAGCAGGGCGGCAUUGACACGCGUGUGCGUGGCAUCGAGGUGCUGGGUCCCAAGCCCACCUUCUGGCCCAUCUUCAAGGAGCACCUGUGCCGGCGGACGUUCCUCUCCUGCACUGCUCGGGCUCAUGCCUGGUGCCAGGAGAUCUGCCGGGACCGGGGGCGACUGCUGCAGCUCUUUGGCAGGCUGAACCGGGCGCUGCGGCACGAGCAGGGCUUCGCCGACCGCUUCCUCCCCGACGACGAGGCGGCCCGGGCCUUGGGCAGGACGUGCUGGGAGGCCCUGGUGAACCCCUUGGUGCAGAGCAUCACCAGCCCAGACCCCCAUGGCGUCAGCCCCCUGUCCUGGCUGCUGAGCGAGUACCUGGAGAGCCAGGAGCCGUCGAGCCGCCCCGUGAGCCGCGGCGCCGCCUUCGGUUCCCGUGUGCGGCGCCUGACCCAGCUCCUGGUGCACGUGGACCCCGGUGUCCCAGAGGCAGAGGAGGCAAGAGCAGCCGGCGGGAAGGAGGGGAAGAACAAGGAGGUGCCAUCCAGAGCUGCAAAGGCAGCAGUGGAGAAGUCGAGCGGCCUGUGGGGCAUCUCGCAGUGCUGGCGCGGCGUGGUGCAGCAGCAGGUGCAGCGGUUCCUGGAGGCGGCAGGGCAGGCGCCGGACCUCGUGGAGCGAUACUGCGGGCUGUACCAGCGCCUGCGCGGCGCCACGGAGGAGCUCUUUGGGCAGCAGGCCGCCUUCGUGCUGGCCCUGGGCCAGGGCUUCGCGGGGGCUUUGCUGCAGCUCUCCUUCCUUGCCACCCUGCACGUGAGCGAGCAGUUUGCCCGCUACCUGGACGGGCAGAUCCAGGAGCUCCACGGGGCCGGGGGCAGCGCGGGGCCGCUGCAGCGGCUGCAGCAGAUCCUGGAGCCCUUCGUCGUCUUCAGUGGCCUGGAGCUGGCCCACACCUUCGAGCACUUCUACCGGCACUACCUGGGUGACCGGCUGCUGGCGCAAGGGCCGUCCUGGCUGGAGGGAGCCAUCGUGGAGCAGAUCGGGCUGUGCUUCCCCAGCCGCUUCCCCCAGCAGAUGCUGAGCAACUUGGCGGAGUCGGAGGAGCUCCAGCAGCAGUUUCACCUCUUCCAGCUGCAGGAGCAGGACAGGCGGCUUCUGGAGCUGGAGCCGGGCCUGGAGGAGGCGCCGGCCUCGGUGGCGGAUGUGCCGGAGGUGAAGGUGCUGGCCCUGUCCCCGCGCUGCUGGCCCGUGUCCCCCUUCUGCUACAUGGAGGACCCCGGGAGGUUUUUCCCCGCGGCCCUGAGCUCCCCCCUGGAGGAGUUUGCCGAGUUCUGCCGGCGGAGUGAGU